AUGCAGAACGGAAUAUAUUGGCGGGAAUUCAUUUGUUUGAUGCUGCUCAAAACUCUGUUGACACCAUCAGCAAAUCAAUGCAACAAUCCACCAACUCUCCCAAAUGGGAGGGUUACUUACAUCGAUGACGUUUAUGUGAUAUACACGUGUGAUCCUGGCCAUUCUAUGGACGUUGAACGUGACAAGGUGGUCCUGCUUUGCAAUACAUCUUCCGGAGAAUGGAGCGGUGCAUUGCCUAAUUGCAAUCGUAUCCAGUGCCCUGCUCCUGCCGAGCCAAACUUUGGUUCAGUUGAAGGGAAUGGACAUUACUAUGGUGACAGUGUCUUCUUCUCCUGCGAUUCAAAGUAUCGAUUAACGGAGGAUAGUGAAACUAGCACAUGUACCGAGUUGGGGAAGUGGUCCGAAGAAACACCGACAUGUUCUCCUGAUCUGUCGAACCCUCUUGUAUGCCCAUCGGGUAGUUGGAAUUAUCAAAACCAGACAUGCUUUGUGGCCUACAACGACAGGGAGGACUGGUGGGGCGCCAGAGCUAUAUGUGCAACUGUUUCUCCUGACAUCCCUUAUGGCCACCUUGCCAAGAUUCCCGACCAAGCUACCCAAGAUUUCAUAGUUGAGAGACUUCAAACCGGAAGGAAUUAUUGGAUAGGAGUUUUCGAAGGUCUGAAGUGGUACUGGGAAGGAUCUGCCUCCGAAAUCCUAUUUUUUGCAUGGGCGGAUGGAGAGCCUAACGGUGAAAUCGAUAGCGAAAUCUGCAUUGAAUUUUACGGACAAUCCAACAACUAUGGUUGGAAUGAUGCAGGCUGUAGGGAUACCAAUUUCUUUAUCUGCGAGUUUGCCGUAGUUACAUUCAUUUUACACGAAGGAAAACCUUACGGGAUUCUACUUUGA